AACAUUUCAACAACGCAGAAGAAGGAUGCUGAAAGAAGGCAGUGGCAAUGGCGUCAGCAGUAAUAAUAGCUGGGCACGUAUCUGUGACACCUGCCGCUCUGCUCCCUGUGCUGUCUACUGCCGCGCCGACAUGGCUUACCUCUGUACCGGCUGCGACUCCCGCAUCCACGCAGCCAACCGCGUCGCCUCCCGCCACGAGCGAGUCUGGGUUUGCGAGGCUUGUGAACGAGCCCCCGCUGCGUUUCUCUGCAAAGCCGACGCUGCCUCCCUCUGCUCCGAAUGCGACGCCGACAUCCACUCCGCCAAUCCCCUGGCCAGCCGUCACCACCGCGUCCCCAUUCUCCCCAUCCACGGGCCUCCUUCCCCGGGGUCUGCUCCUGAGGGGGAUGAUGGUUUUCUAGCUCAAGGGGGCGAUGAGGCGGAGGAGGAGGAGGUUGUUGAUGAAGAGGAUGAAGACGAGGCUGCCUCCUGGUUGUUGCUGAAUCCUGUCAAGAACAACAACCACAACAACACUAGCAAUUCCAACACCAACAACAACAAUCAGAGCAAUGGAUUUUUGUUUGGUUCUGGGGAGGUUGAUGAUUAUUUGGACCUCAUGGAUUGCAAUUCAUGUGCUGAAAAUCAGUUGACCGAUCAUUACAAUCAGCAGCAACAUUAUGGUGUUCCUCAGAAGAACUAUGCCGGUGACAGUGUUGUUCCGGUUCAGCAGCAGCAGCAGCAUUUCCAGUUGGGUUUGGACUUUGAUUCAUCAAGAACUGACUACAGUGCUUUCAACGGUUCCGUUACUCAAAAUGUUUCGAUGUCGUCAAUAGAUGUUGGCAUUGUACCGGAAUCAACUAUCAGCGAUGGCUCGAUUUCCCAUUCAAGACCUCCAAAAGGGACAAUUGACCUUUUCUCUGGGCCUCCAAUUCAGAUACCUUCGCAGCUCAGUCCGAUGGACAGGGAGGCUAGGGUGUUAAGAUACAGAGAGAAGAAGAAGACAAGAAAGUUUGAGAAGACAAUAAGGUAUGCCUCUAGGAAGGCUUAUGCAGAGACCAGACCUCGCAUCAAAGGUCGAUUUGCAAAGAGAACAGAGGUAGAAGCUGAAGUGGACCAGAUGUUCUCUACUUCUCUAAUGACGGAUGCUGGAUAUGGCAUUGUUCCUUCUUUCUGAUCAUGAGCUGCAGUAUGUGUCGGAGAAGUCUCAGAAUAGAAACCUCGACAAAUUUAUGCAUUAAUCUUCUUACUAAUGUUCUGUCCGUCUUUAUUAUAUAUAUAUAUAUGUAAUAAAAUCAUAUAUUUAUUAGUUUGCAAAUGUAUGUUUUAUAGAUUUCUUGGUUGACUUUUUGGAUGGUUCAUUCUAUUUGUAAAUACAAUCCUUCCAUCAAAUCAAUAGACUGCAUCCAAGAUUUUGAAAA